CGUUCAGUAGCCGUGGGUAGCCGGCUGCAGCUGUGGAGUUGGGCUGUCGUUUGCUGCGGAUGGGAAGGAGUAAUAUUUGCACAGUAAAGUUUGGAGGUUGCUGGCGAUCAUUGCGCUAGAAUAAGGGGGUUUGGAGAGCGGCGGGUCUGAUUGACGGCUAGCUGAGAGCGCUCCUUUGUCCCGGGCAGACGCGGUGUUGCGUUUGUGGGGCUCACGUGGCGGGCCCAGCUCAAGCGGCAGGCACUCGGCGCAGGGAGAAGUUGCACGCUGCACGACAGAGGAUGCCAGGCAAAGUUGCAGUUGAGGAAAUGGCUCGGCUUUAUUUGGAAGACGGCACUUCGUUUGAAGGCAGGCUUUUCGGCGCAAGUGCCGACGUCUCCGGCGAAGUGGUUUUCCAGACGGGAAUGGUUGGUUACCCUGAAGCUUUGACUGAUCCAUCUUAUUAUUCCCAAAUACUUGUCCUUACCUAUCCAUUAAUCGGGAACUAUGGUGUACCAAAGGAUGAAGUUGAUGAACAUGGGCUCAGUAAGUGGUUUGAAUCUUCCAAAAUUCAUGUUGCUGCACUGGUGAUCGGUGAACAUUCACAGAAUCCAAGUCACUGGAGUUCAGUUCGUUCAUUGGGCCAGUGGCUGAAAGACCAAGGAAUUCCAGCAUUGGAGGGAAUAGAUACUAGAUGUCUAACAAAGAGGAUUCGGGAGAAAGGCACAAUGUUAGGGAAGAUUGUGAUAAAUGGGACUGAUCCGAAUUCGCUUCCUUAUCAUGAUCCGAACAAACAACAUUUGGUGAAGGAGGUUUCUAUCAAGGAGCCCAAAGUUUACAAUCCUUCUGGAAGUGUGAAAAUUAUGGCAGUGGACUGUGGGAUGAAGUAUAACCAAAUCAGGUGCUUAUGUAAGAGAGGAGCUUCUGUAAUUGUGGUGCCAUGGGAUUAUCCUUUUAAUAGUAAAGAGUUUGAUGGUUUAUUUAUUACCAAUGGCCCAGGAGAUCCUGAGUAUUGUCAAGAAACAAUUAACAAUGUCAAAAAAAUAAUUGCUGAAGAAAAGCCAAAGCCGUUAUUUGGAAUUUGUUUGGGACAUCAGAUUCUUUCAUUGGCAGUUGGAGUAAAGACUUACAAAAUGAAGUAUGGAAAUCGCGGGCAUAACCAGCCUUGUAUUCAUGAAGAUACGCAACGUUGCUUCAUUACAUCCCAGAAUCAUGGUUUUGCUGUUGAGACAAGUUUUCUUCCAAACGAUUGGUCUGUUCUGUUCACCAAUGCUAAUGACAAAUCUAAUGAAGGAAUAAUUCAUAAUACUAAACCAAUUUUCAGUGUGCAGUUUCACCCGGAGCAUAUGGCAGGACCAACAGACUUAGUGGGUCUUUUUGAUAUAUUUUUGGAGUGUGUGAGCGACACAAAGUUAGGUGUUAAUUUAGAUAUAACUGUUAAAGAACGUGUGAUUUCGCGUUAUACCUACAAAACUGGAACGGAGGAGAGUAUAUUUCCAUCUGGAAGGCUGGAAUCUCAUAAGAUCCUUAUUCUUGGAUCCGGUGGAUUGUCCAUUGGUCAAGCUGGGGAGUUUGAUUACUCAGGUUCUCAGGCAAUUAAAGCUCUGAAAGAGGAGAAUGUUCAAUCAAUCCUUAUCAAUCCAAAUAUUGCAACGGUACAGACAUCUAAAGGACUGGCAGACAAAGUCUAUUUUCUACCAAUAACCGCAGAAUAUGUUACACAGGUUAUAAUGAAUGAACGACCAGAUGGAAUCCUCCUAACGUUUGGUGGGCAGACUGCAUUAAACUGUGGAGUGGAACUUCAAAAAAGAGGAGUUUUGGAAAAAUACAAUGUCAGAGUUUUGGGAACUCCAGUCUCUUCUAUUGAGAUGACUGAAGAUAGGAAAAUCUUUGUGGAAAAAAUGGCAGAAAUUAAUGAAGAUGUUGUACCCGGUGAAGCUGCUCUAACACUUGAUCAGGCUCGAGCUGCAGCAGAGCGCUUGGGAUACCCUGUUUUGGUGCGGGCUGCCUUUGCUUUGGGUGGACUGGGUUCAGGAUUUGCUCAGAACAAAGAGGAAUUGGUGACCAUAGUGACACAAGCAUUUGCACAUACAUCUCAGAUUCUGAUUGAUAAGUCUCUGAAAGGUUGGAAGGAAAUAGAAUAUGAAGUGGUCAGAGAUGCGUAUGAUAAUUGUGUCACAGUUUGCAACAUGGAAAAUGUGGAUCCACUGGGAAUUCACACAGGAGAAUCGAUUGUUGUUGCACCAAGUCAGACUCUAAAUGAUAAGGAAUACCACAUGCUGAGGACCGCUGCGAUAAAAGUGAUACGGCAUUUGGGCAUUGUGGGAGAGUGUAAUAUUCAGUAUGCAUUGAGUCCUGAAUCUGAACAGUAUUAUAUCAUUGAGGUCAAUGCACGUCUUUCAAGAAGUUCUGCUUUGGCCAGUAAGGCAACUGGUUAUCCUCUAGCUUAUGUUGCAGCCAAACUCGCCCUUGGUAUUCCGUUACCUGUCCUAAGAAAUUCUGUGACAAAUUCCACAACUGCAAACUUUGAGCCGAGUCUAGAUUACUGUGUCGUAAAGGUACCCCGUUGGGAUCUCAGCAAGUUCUUGCGUGUAAGCACAAAAAUUGGAAGUUCCAUGAAGAGUGUCGGCGAGGUGAUGGCCAUUGGUCGUAAUUUUGAAGAAGCUUUCCAGAAAGCACUGAGAAUGGUGGAUGAAAACUGUGUUGGGUUUGAUCAUACAUUGAAGCUGGCUUCUGAUGAGGAUCUUGAAACUCCAACAGAUAAGAGAAUCUUUGUCCUAGCUGCAGCCUUAAAGGCAGGAUACAAAAUUGACCGUCUCUAUGAAUUGACCAAAAUUGACAAGUGGUUUCUUCAUAAGAUGAAGAAUAUUGUGGAAUACUCAAAGAAGCUUGAGUUGUACACCAAGGAUGAAAUGCUUCGUCAUGAUCUUCUGAAAGCGAAGCGUCUUGGUUUCUCCGACAAGCAGAUUGCAAUGGCCAUUCAGAGUACUGAGCUGGCAGUAAGACGAUUGAGACAGGAGUGGCAAAUCUUUCCUGUGGUGAAGCAGAUUGAUACAGUAGCAGCUGAAUGGCCUGCUCAAACCAACUAUCUCUAUUUGACAUAUAAUGGUGAAGAACAUGACCUCGACUUUACCAAACCUCACGUGAUGGUGAUUGGAUCUGGCGUAUACAGAAUAGGAAGCAGUGUCGAGUUCGAUUGGUGUGCUGUUGGAUGUAUCACGCAGUUACGCAAGAUGGGAUACAAAACAAUAAUGGUGAAUUAUAAUCCUGAAACAGUCAGUACGGAUUAUGAUAUGUGCGAUCGACUUUAUUUUGAUGAAAUAUCUUUUGAGGUAGUAAUGGAUAUUUAUGAGCUGGAAAAUCCGGAGGGUAUAAUCUUAUCAAUGGGUGGGCAGUUGCCAAACAACAUUGCCAUGGAUCUACACCGCCAGCAGUGCCGAAUCCUGGGCACGUCACCAGAAUCUAUUGAUACAGCUGAAAAUCGCUUCAAGUUCUCCCGAAUGCUGGAUACAAUUGGCAUUAGCCAACCACGCUGGAAAGAAUUGUCAGAUACAGAGUCUUCCAAGGAGUUUUGCUCAAAAGUCGGAUAUCCAUGUCUCGUCCGCCCUUCGUAUGUGCUGAGUGGGGUUGCUAUGAAUGUGGCCUUUACUGACAGCGACCUGGAGAAGUUCCUCACCAGUGCAGUGGCUGUUUCAAGGGAGCACCCUGUUGUCAUUUCCAAAUUCAUUCAAGAAGCCAAGGAGAUUGAUGUGGAUGCUGUGGCCUGUGAUGGAGUUGUGAUAGCAGUGGCUAUUUCCGAGCAUGUAGAAAACGCAGGAGUUCACUCCGGAGAUGCUACAUUGGUAACUCCACCACAGGACCUAAACCAGAAAACAACAGAAAGAAUCAAAGCGAUUGUUUGUGCAAUUGGACAGGAGCUGCAAGCAACUGGACCUUUCAAUCUUCAGCUUAUUGCAAAGGAUGAUCAGCUCAAGGUGAUCGAAUGUAAUGUGAGAGUUUCUCGUUCCUUUCCAUUUGUGUCAAAGACACUUGGGGUGGAUAUGAUAGCUUUGGCUACACAAGUCAUCAUGGGUGAAGAAGUUGAGCCUGUAGGAUUAAUGACUGGUACAGGAAUUGUAGGUGUAAAGGUGCCUCAGUUUUCAUUUUCACGCCUUGCUGGGGCAGAUGUGGUACUGGGUGUAGAGAUGACAAGUACUGGAGAAGUGGCCUGCUUUGGAGAAAAUCGCUAUGAGGCUUAUCUCAAGGCCAUGUUGAGCACUGGCUUCAAAAUACCAAAAAAGAAUAUAUUGCUUUCAAUCGGCAGCUACAAGAAUAAGAGUGAGCUGCUAUCCACAGUCCAGUCUUUGGAGCAACUUGGGUACAGUCUAUAUGCAAGUUUGGGAACAGCAGAUUUUUACACUGAGCAUGGCAUUAAGAUUAAGGCAGUGGAAUGGCCAUUUGAAGACUGUGAUAAUGGUUGUCCUUUGAAAGAAAAGCACAGAAGUAUUGUGAACUACUUGGAAGAAAAUCACUUUGACUUGGUUAUAAAUCUCUCCAUGAGGAACUCUGGUGGAAGACGUCUUUCUUCAUUUGUAACCAAGGGGUAUCGCACCAGGCGAUUAGCCAUAGAUUGUUCUGUUCCAUUAAUUACUGACAUCAAAUGCACCAAACUGUUUGUUGAGGCUUUGCGACUGGUAGGUACUACUCCUCCAGUAAAGACCCAUAUAGAUUCCAUGACAUCUCAUAAAUUAAUUCGCUUACCAGGUUUGAUAGAUGUCCAUGUACAUCUCCGGGAGCCUGGUGGGACACACAAAGAGGAUUUUGAUUCUGGCACUUCUGCAGCUUUGGCGGGAGGGAUUACCAUGGUGUGUGCUAUGCCCAACACAAACCCGCCAGUUGUAGACCUGAACUCAUUUGCACUUGUGCAGAAGUUAGCAACUGCUGGUGCUCGGUGUGAUUUUGCAUUGUUUCUGGGAGCAUCUCACGACAAUGCUGAUGUUUUACCAUUGAUAAGCAAUUCUGCUGCUGGUUUGAAGAUGUACUUAAAUGACACUUAUUCAACACUGAAAAUGGAUAAUGUAUCCUUGUGGAUGGAGCAUUUUGAAAAAUGGCCUAAACACCUGCCUAUAGUUGUACAUGCUGAAAGACAGACAGUAGCGGCCAUUUUAAUGGUAGCACAGUUGUACCAGCGUCCUGUUCACAUUUGCCACGUAGCCAGGAAGGAGGAGAUCCAGAUUAUUCGAGCUGCGAAACAGAAGGGUCUACAAGUAACCUGUGAAGUGGCUCCUCAUCAUCUUUUCUUGAGUGAAGAAGACCUUGAAAUUAUAGGCCAUGGCAAAGGCCAAGUUAGACCAAUGUUGGGUACUAAAGAGGACGUCAAAGCACUCUGGGACAAUAUGGAUGUCAUUGACUGUUUUGCGACCGAUCAUGCUCCGCAUUCAGUUGAAGAGAAGAACAGCGAGAUGCCACCACCAGGUUACCCUGGUUUAGAGACCAUGCUACCACUACUCCUCACAGCCGUCAGUGAAGGAAGACUCUCUGUUGAUGAUCUUGUGAAAAGGCUGUAUGAAAAUCCUCGGAAGAUCUUUUCAUUGCCAAUUCAAGAAAACACUUAUGUGGAGGUUGAUUUGGAGCAAGAAUGGAUUAUCCCAUCAUACAUGCAGUUCACAAAGUCUAAGUGGACACCAUUUGAAGGAAGAAAAGUGAAGGGAAAAGUCAGGAGAGUUGUACUGAGAGGUGAAGUGGCCUACAUUGAUGGACAGGUGUUAGUUCCUCCAGGCUAUGGACAGGAUGUGAGGGCAUGGCCUUUGGUGGGUGUCUCAUUGCCUAUGCCGCCACCACUUACUGCAGUAAAGACUCCGGAGCAUUCAAAGCAUUCAAUUCAAACUGAAACGAUCCGCACUAGGCCAGCAAGCCCACGCAGAAUGACUAGUGGCCCUGCUGUGGAUGCCAGGUUCCAUCUACCUCCAAGAAUCCAUCGCUCUUCUGAUCCUGGACUUCUAAAUGCUGAAGGAGAAUACAAGGACAAAACAGUCAAGAAAUUCAUCGAACAAGAUCCAAUGAGUCAAGAUGGUUAUGUAUAUCCUCCUCCUGUUUCGAGGCUUCUAUCGCCACAGAAUCUUGCAGCACAGGCUGCUCCUCAUCCAUACUCUCCUCUUUUACAUUAUUUUGUUGGACAGCAUGUUCUGUCAGUUAGACAGUUUUCAAAAGACCAGUUGUCGCACUUGUUCAAUGUUGCUCAUAACCUGCGCUUAACAGUGCAGAAAGAUCGCAGCUUGGAUAUUCUGAAGGGUAAAGUUAUGGCUUCCAUGUUUUAUGAAGUCAGCACAAGAACUAGCAGCUCAUUUGCAGCUGCCAUGCAACGGCUUGGUGGUUCUGUGAUUUACUUUUCCGAGGCAACUUCAUCUGUGCAGAAAGGGGAAUCUCUCCUUGACACAGUGCAGACAAUGUGUUGUUAUGUGGAUGUAGUGGUUCUUCGCCAUCCUGAGCCAGGUGCAGUUGAGCUUGCUGCUAAAAAUUGCCGAAAACCUAUUAUUAAUGCUGGAGAUGGUGUUGGUGAGCAUCCAACACAGGCUCUGCUAGAUAUUUUCACUAUUCGUGAGGAGCUGGGCACGGUGAAUGGAAUGACGAUUACAAUGGUUGGAGACCUGAAACAUGGACGAACAGUGCAUUCCCUCGCCUACCUUCUCACGUUAUAUCGUGUUAAUCUCCGAUAUGUUACUCCCAGAAAUCUCCGAAUGCCCCAAAAUAUCAUUCAUUUUCUUGAAACCAGAGGAAUUAAGCAGGAGGAAUUUGACAGUUUGGAAGAGGCCCUACCAGAUACGGAUGUAUUAUACAUGACUAGGAUCCAGAAAGAAAGAUUUGACUCGGAAGAAGAAUAUGAAGCGUGUUUUGGACAAUUUAUUCUUACUCCUCACAUUAUGACGAGAGGCAAAAAGAAGAUGGUGGUUAUGCAUCCACUGCCACGUGUGAAUGAAGUUAGUGUGGAAGUUGAUUCUGACCCACGGGCAGCUUACUUCCGCCAGGCUGAAAAUGGCAUGUACAUAAGGAUGGCUCUACUAGCAACAGUUCUGGGCAAAUUUUGAAACCAUAGACCAACUGAGAACAAGAUAAAGGAUUACAUUUAAGAGAAAAUUCAAAAGUAUGUUACUUUUAAAAAUUUGAGAUAGUUUUCUUGGUGACCAUGGGUCCAAAGUAGUGGUGAUAUUUGGGUUCUCUGGGCUAAUAACUUGUUAGAAUGUACAAGAUAAAUUUCAUACCAAGGAUUCCUGUCUUUAAUUCACUCAGCAUGAUUAAGUAGUAUCUGACUUCUUGGCAUUAUUAAGUAGUAUCUGACCUCUUGGAAAAUCAGGUCAUCUUUCCAUUAAUAACUGCAGAUAGUUUGUGCAGUUUCAAACUUUUGUUUAACUGCUGCCAUGUUUUACAUGGCUAGGUCCAUCUCAGCUUAUCCAAAAAUAUAAAUGUAUGUGACUUGCAGAGACACAAGUGCAGCAGUCUCUACAAUUAUGGAUACUCAGGUCUUUGAUAUAUUAAGAAUGGUCUAAAACCACAAAGUGACAAUCUUAACAGUUCACAUAAAUCCUUAAAAUUGCAGCUGUUUAAAAUUAAAAACAAAACUGUUUAACAGUAAAGAUAAUAUACUCAAAUUGCUAUUUAUGAUUGUAAAUAACUUGCAAGACUAUAAACGUGCUUUUAUCAUUUUUUUUCUCUAUUAUUUGAAUGGGGGCAAGUACCUGAUUGUUGUGCCUGUAAAGAUAUUAGAAUUUGGAAUAUGAUAUGUACAUUAAGUAUUGCACUAUACUUUUUGAGCCACAGAGCCUGUUCAAAAUUACCUUUGUAUCCAUGCUUUAAUUCUUGUUUUGCGAAUACUCAAUUGGCAACUCGUAAAAUACCUACAUUUACAAGAUAGUUACAAAAGUCAUAACUACUUUAUUUUUUGAUGCUGCGACUUUAGCUUAAGAAUUCAAAUUUCUUUGACUUUUAAAAAUUACGUCAAAAAAAUACAAUUGAAUCUUAAUAUUUCUCUAUUAACUAUCAGUCUACUAACAACCUGAGAAUAUCUAAAUACCAUUCUGCAUUAUUUGGAAAGAUAACGAUUUGGACUCAUGACAGUGUCUGAAAAUAUAUUUAGAUUACCUUUAGGUACAACAUCCUAUUGUAAUAAUGUGGCGGUUGGACUAAGAAAAACAUUUAUCUGUUUUGGGUAAAUCAAGCCGCUGUGACUUAGCAGGUCGAAGAGUUGUGAUAUUAACAAUAGAAUUAUGCAUUUGAAGCGAUUCCAUCUGAAAAGAGCACCUGGACAUAUAAAAUGUUAACCUGCUGAAACUUAUGUAACAAAUUGUCAUUGACCACAGAACUUGCUCAAUCAGCUACUUUAAUAAUAAAAAAUAUUCUAAAAUGCGAUUUUGUUCCACUUUUAUAAAAUAUAUUUUUCUGUUGUAUGUGAAAUUUGUUGUGAACAUAACAAUUUUCAGUGAAGAUUAACAACUUAUUUUUAACUUAAUAGACCCAGUUCAAUAAAAAAAAUCUUAUGCUAAA